AUGGCCGCUCCCCGUCGUAGAAAGAUCGUCUCCCGCCGCAGGGCUGAUGACGAGGGCGAAGAAGACUACGACAUCGAUGAUGACUCCCUGACCGAAGGCUCGCUGGCAUCCGACGAUCAUGACCUGGCCGACGAUAGUGACACUAGCAACGUCGACGAAACGUCACCGACAUCCCAAGCCGCGCGAAAGUCACACACUCGGGCUGCCAAUGGCCAUGCAAAGACCAAGGCAAAGUCAAAGGCAUCCAAGACCAAUGGCAGCUCUGCCGCUCAGUCAGAACCCAAAUCAACCAACCCAGGUCAGAGUACUGUUUCGGACACGGAGUUCAUGCUGAAUGGGCUAUCCAUCUCAGACAAGGCCGAGCCAGUUCAGGAGCUGAGCUUCGAAGGUGGGAACGAGGCACAAUCACCGUCAAAGGCACCUCCUGUGGUCGUGAGCUCGAGCUCCGCAGCCAUGGACCAGCCGCAAGAUGCUCCUCACGAUCGACGAAGAAGAGAACAUGAUGAAUAUAGACGGAAGCGAGAUGAGGACCCGGCCUUCGUGCCGAAUCGAGGGGCUUUCUUUAUGCACGAUCACAGACACGCCGGUCCAUCUGCCAAUGGCUUUCGCCCUUUUGGAAGAGGUGCUCGCGGUCGAGGUCGUGGUAUUGGAGGUCCCUUUGCGCCUGCAAGUGAUCGUCAACUCUACACGCCUGCAGACCCGAUAGUUAGUAACCCAUGGGCUCACGAUAUGCACGAGGCUGUUGCAGAACCUGUCCGUCCGGUGCGGCAAUCCAUGCACAAUACACAGGCCCCCAUGGACAACGGUCCUCCCAACGGUGAUGGCUAUAUUCCCACCUGUGAUAUGAGCGCCACCCCCAUCAACAGGACGCUAUCUACCGAAAAGCACAUUGGCAACGUCCAAGUGCGAGUUUACAUACCGAAUCUGAAACAGCCGAUUGUAUUUUCAGCAAUGCCUGUCAGGCAAUACACAAAGCUCCCCGACCACCGCCCACCCUUACGCCGUGACAAGCCAGUGCGUAUCUCACUUCCCAACUUUCCACCUCGCUACAUUUUUCCGGCUACCGAUCGUUCGUUCAUCUUCAUCCCGCGCGCCCUACGUCCAAACAACCAACAGCGCUUGCGUGGCAAGCCCAGGUCGGGAUUCGGCUCUGUCGGUGGCUUUUCAAGGAGAACGAGUGUCUAUGGUGGGAGCUACUACAAUGGCAGCCAAUACUCACCUAGUGUUGCGCCCAGUCGGCGUUCGUCCAUCGCCCCGGAUAUGGGAAGAGACUGCAUUGUGUCGCCAACUGGCUCGACAAUAUCACGACCACCCAUGCCACCGAUGGUGAUGGAUCCUUCGCGGCCUGUGGUUAGACUGCCCCCAAGAGCAGAGCAGUAUAUGCCAGUCGGUGAUGGUAGCUUCGCACAGUUUGCGCCGGCAGUCGGUCAAACCACUAUCAGCGAGCUGCCUCAGCCACAGACGUACCCACUGCCUGAGAAGCCAAUUCAGGAGAACCAGCAAGCUCAUAUUCCCAUGUACCAGCCUCGACCACAGAAGACUGUAUCGCUCGAGAACAUCGAAUUGCCGACAAUGCAACAGAAUUCACAGUCCUACCAACAAGCAUUCCACCAUCAGGUGCCUGUGCAGGUGUCUAAUGGCUUGGGCCAUGAUUCUCAUACGCGCCACCCCUCGUACCCUCGACACACCACAGGCACUCCGUUGUCCCAGAUCCCAGAACGGGCGAUCCAUGCGCAACCGUUCCACCCGACACACUACUCACAGCCCGGGUUCUACCCGCCUUAUCAGGCCAUGCAACCGCCAAACUAUUAUUAUCCCUCUGCAGCCCCUUAUUCAGCAGCAGCACCUACUUUUGUUCCCGGAACUCAACCGCCCCAGGGCCCGGUUGAUCCCUCGCAAGCAGGAUCUGGCUCUAACCUCGUUGCGCAAGAGGUCAAUGGCAUGGUUUAUUAUUACGAUGCAUCACAGCUACCACAAAUGCCCAACUACCCUGCACCCUAUCCGACAGCUCAGGGCUACCCCGCAAGCAAUGCGGCAAUGAACAUGAAUGGAAUGGUCACGCCUAGUCAAGAUGGCUUCUACUACUCACAACCAGGUGCUGUGUUCUAUCCCUAG